AUGGCUCAUCGAGGUUUAAAGCAAUUUGGAGAUGGCAUGGACAGAAUUGCUAUUCUGUCAUCUGAUGAAAUCCAAGACUGUAUUAUGAGAUUCGAAAGUAAUGGUGAGACUCCAUUUGACCCCCGGGAAGCUGUGGAAAAAUGUAUAGCAAAUAUCAUGUCUAGUUUGCUGGUGGGAGAACGCAUUGGCGAAAACUCAGAAGACUUCUCUUCAGUACACUUUAUGUUUAGCUUACACAGUGAAGAGUCUUUGAGUGUAUGUGAAGUGCUGCAACAACACUACGAACAAGGGGACCUCACAAAGGAUGAGGUCUAUGGCGUUAUGCAAGAUAUUCUUUUGGCUGGAAUCGUGACAACAUCAACAACUUUGAAAGCAUUUCUGUUGAUUUUGGUCAACAAACCUGACGUCCAGAAAAAAGUACAAGCUGAAAUUGAUGAUGUCAUUGGUGAUGGACGACUACCAACCUUUGCAGAUAGGCAUAAAAUGCCUUAUUCAGAAGCUGCAGUUUUGGAAAUUCUUUGCUACAGCACGACUACAACAUUGUCUAUCCCCCAUAAAACUCUUUGUGACACCAGUGUAGGUGGUUACAAAGUACCACGUGGAACAAUGGUUUGGAUGAAUCUUUGGGCAUUACACCACGAUGAGAAGUACUUUGAUGUGCCACAUGAGUUCAAGGUGGAAAGAUUCUUGGAUAACGAUGGCAAAUUGCUUUCAGCACAUGAACGAAAAUCAUUUCUACCAUUUGGAAUUGGUAAACGGGAGUGUUUAGGAGAAGCAAUGGCCAAAGUGAGAAUGUUCCUGUUUGUCACCAGUCUCCUACAAAAACUGGACAUUCUCCCCGAAGACAAGAACAACCCACCAGAUCCAGACCCAACCAAGUUUGUUCACGGAAUAACAAAUCUACCUGGGCCAUUCAACAUUGUUGUCAAGGAGAGAAAAUGA